GUUAGCAACAAAAGGCGUGUUCCCCGCUAUCUCAAGGAGAUAGCGAGAGAAAGAGGGACAGUAACUCUUCCACACUCCCAACGCGUAUUGAAGGUGAGAGUUUGACAGCAGUGAUUUAUGGCGAUUUUGUCGAAGAAUUGUCAAUAAGAGAUGCAGUCUUGUAGUACCCUAAGCAUUCUUCUCAGAAAAGUCGUCGUGGCGGUGAUUUUCGUGGUAGAGUCGGCGUUUGGUCUUCCUCUGUUUCUUUGAAUUACUGCUGAUCUUUUAGGAAGACAAGUUUCAGGGCCGUUCGGUGUUGUGGUUAAAUCCUCUUUGUUGUGAUUCUCUAGAUUGGAGGCAAAUUCUUUUCAAAUAGCCGCGAAGAUGGAGCGGUAUGCCUGUACAGAUGAAUACGAAAAGCUCGUAAUACGGAUGAGCUCACCAAGGGUUGUGAUCGACAAUUGUGUCUGUUCCACAGCGACUCUGGUCAAGUUAGAUAGCGCUAGAAGGCAUGGUAUUCUCUUGGAUGCCAUACAAGUGCUUACUGAUUUGAACCUUUCCAUUAAAAAGGCGUACGUAUCUUCUGAUGGCAAAUGGUUUAUGGAUGUUUUCCAUGUUACUGAUCAAAACGGAAACAAGCUAACAGAUGAGAACGUUUUAAGAUAUAUGGAACAGUCACUUGGCAGCAUUCACAGUGGGAGAACUAAUAUUUCAAAUGGUCUCACUGCAUUGGAGUUAACGGGAACAGACCGUGUUGGUCUUCUUUCAGAGGUAUUUGCAGUACUAGCCGACCUACAAUGUGAUGUAGUAGAGGCUAAGGUUUGGACUCACAAUGGCCGAAUUGCAUCCCUUAUCUACGUAAGAGAUUGUAAGUCGGGGUCCACCAUCAAGGACUCUCAGAAAAUCAACGGAAUUGAAGCACGACUAAGGAAUGUAUUGAAGGGAGACAAUGACAUCAGGAGCGCAACAACUUCGGUCUCUAUGGCUGCAAUACACACCGAAAGAAGGCUGCAUCAAUUGAUGUUUGCUGACCGUGAUUACCAGAGGAACCCCAUCUUCAAGUCAAGUUCUGAUACUCCAGUAGUUACCGUUCAGAAUUGGGUAGAAAGGGGUUAUUCUGUUGUGAGUGUUCAAUGCCGAGAUCGAACAAAGCUUCUUUUCGAUGUUGUUUGCAACUUGACGGACAUGGAAUAUGUUGUAUUUCAUGCAACUAUCAACACAACAGGAGAUCAAGCAUGCCAGGAGUUUUACAUCAGACAUAAAGAUGGCACUCCAAUUAGUUCAGAACCAGAGCGUCAACGUGUAAUCCAGUGCUUACAGGCUGCUGUGGAAAGAAGAGCAUCUGAGGGUAUUAGGCUAGAAUUAUGCACGGAAGACAGACUGGGGCUUCUGGCAGAGGUCAUGAGAACAUUCCGAGAGAACGGACUGAAUGUGACAAGGGCAGAGAUAUCCACCGUAAUGGACACGGCGGCAAAUGUUUUCUACGUAACGGACGCUAGAGGAAACCCAGCUGAUCCCAAAAUAAUCCAGUCCGUGAGAGAGAAAAUCGGAUUGAGUAAUUUGAAAGUGAAAGAAUUACCCCUGACACGUCAGCAGACAGAAAAAGAAGAUCAAGACGUAGGUGUUGGUGGGGCAGUGUUGCUAUCCCUGGGUAGUCUCGUGAGAAGGAACUUAUACAAUUUAGGACUUAUCAAAUCAUGUUCCUAAAAAAGCAGAGGGGGAAUUUAGAAGCGUGCAAGAUAUGGGGCAACUUUUAUACGGCACAAGAUAGAUAUAUAUUCUUUCUUUGCUUCAGGUGGUGGCCUAGUGUACAUAAAAAGCAAAGGUGAAGAAUUUGGUGGUAUAGUUGUUAUUGUUAGUUUGGUUGGUGAGAGAGUUUGGCGGUGAAUCCUGCAGCUGGAAGGGUUGCCAUUGCAAAGUGUAUUUAAAAUGCGUUUUGUGUGGGAGUGUGUGAAUUAGGACAGAUGGGGAUUGAUGAAAGAGGUGGUUAGUUAGUGGACAGGUUGUGAUCAGCAUCGGAUUUUUAGUGACAAGGACAGGUUUAUUUAGUUAGGGCCACAUCGAUUCCGACUUUACACAGCACGCAACUUAUUUAUGUAUAUAAUAACGACUUUCUCCGUAUUAUAGUGGUCCACUUCAUUUUUUAAAUUU